CGCCGACGACGACGAUUGCAACUGCGACUGCGACGACGGCGACGGCCGGCUCACUCAUACACGAGACCGGUCGCCGGUUCGUCGAUUGUCACCCGCGGCGCGUGUGCGUCCGUUUUUAUCGUCCGUCGGCCGCAUUAACACGCGUUUCACCAAACUUCGCGCGCGCGCACACACAAUAAUAUUAUAAUUCCUAUUAAACAUCAUUUGCGUUUAUAUUGUAUGUUGGUAAGCGUCUACGACGAAAGUCAGUAAUCAUCUCAUCAUCGUCAAUGUUACAAUAUAACAUUAUGGUAAUAUUAUGUGUGAUUUUGCAAAAACGAUAACGUCAUAAUAAUUAUUUUAACAUUGAUGAACACAAAAUAAUCAUUGUAAUAAUAAUGAUAAUAAUAUGAUACACACACGGGACAAUAGUGGUGUUGUUGUUGUUAUUUUUGCGUAGACGAUUCUAUUAUUCCAUUGUCGUGGCUUUCGAUCGUUGUACGUGAAAACUCAUUCGAUAUUACUCUGUUGUCGUCGUCAUCGUCGUGUUCAAACCAUUUACCACGUAUCAGAUCGGUUCGGCAUCCCCUUGUGAUUACCGUAACCACGGUAUACUAGGAGGAGGCGGAAGGAUUGUUUCAGACAUUGCUAUACAGCCGUGGAGUUGGGCGCAUAGGUAUAUGGUGCCUGCAAUGGAACAGAACUUUACUAUGCGGCCAUGCGCUACGGACUUUUCGGUGGCCGCCAUCCUGGCGCGACGCGACCAGGGUGCCGUGGCCGCGGCUGCUGCCGUAGCGGCGGCCGCUGCGAUGGCGGGAAAACGGCCUACCGCAGCAACUGCGACGGCCACCGCAGACGAACAGUCGUCCUCGUCCUCGUUGUCCACACCAUCGCCACCGGAUGACGGUGACGACAGGGACCAGCGCCGUCACCACAUGCAUCACCACCAUCACAACCACCACCGCCGCCGUCAUCAUCAAACCGUUGCCGCCGCCACUGACGACGACGAAGACGGAAAACCGUUGAGGAAACGGCGCCUGAGCAGCGACACGAUGGUCACAGUCCGGUCGUCCCGGGCCUCGCCGGCCGACGAGAUUGUCAUAUCGUCGUCUACGUCCAGUCCGCCGCCGCCGUCAAUUGCGGCGACCACCGCCUCGUCGGAUCCGGUACUCGAGGAACGGUGCAACUCGGAAGAGCUGCAGCACGUCAGCUGUCGGUUGGAGACCAAAGACCUGUGGGACAAGUUUAACGAGCUCGGCACCGAGAUGAUCAUCACGAAAACGGGCAGGAGGAUGUUCCCUACCGUCCGGGUGUCGUUCACGGGGUUGCGGGCGGACCAGCGGUACGCGGUGCUCAUGGACAUCGUGCCGGUGGACAACAAGCGGUACCGUUACGCGUACCACCGGUCUUCGUGGCUGGUGGCCGGCAAGGCGGACCCGCCUGCCCCGCACAGGCUGUACACGCACCCCGACUCGCCGUUCACGGGCGAUCAGCUGCGCAAGCAGGUCGUGUCCUUCGAGAAGGUCAAGCUCACCAAUAACGAGAUGGACAAGCACGGACACUUGGUGUUGAACUCGAUGCACAAGUAUCAGCCGCGCAUACACCUGGUGAAGAGAAACAGCGAGUCGACAGCCGGACAUUCCAUUGUGGACUUGGAAGCCGAAGAGUACAAGACGUUCGUGUACCCGGAAACGACGUUCACGGCCGUCACCGCGUACCAGAACCAAUUGAUAACCAAAUUGAAAAUCGACAGCAAUCCGUUUGCCAAAGGUUUCCGGGAUUCGUCAAGACUGACCGAAUUUGAAAGGGAAACGAUGGAGUCAAUGUUGAGCGAGCACCACAUGCUCAGAACACCGUUGUUGGACCCGGGUGGCGGUCUCAGCCAGCUGACGGCCGAAGAACGGGCUGUGCUGGCAGCCAGGUCUCAGCUGUUCCUGCGAGCGGCAGCGGCCGCGGCCGCCGUGAGUGGCCCUUACGGUCCGCUGUGUGGCAUAUACAACGCGGCCGCUGCGGCCGGCGGCCAACAUCUGUGGAACCAGUGGGCGUCAAUGCAGGGCCCGGCCGGCCUUUACCAGCAGUUGGCCGCGGCCGGUGGCGGAGGACCCACGGCCAUGGCAGCCGCCGCCGCUGCAGCUGCCGCAGCUCACCAACAGCAACAACAGCACCACCACCAUCAACAGCAACAACAACAGCACCACCACCAUCACCAACAACAACAACAACAACACCACCAGAGUCUGUACCAACAACACCAGGCGGCGGCGGCUGCCGCGAAUGGAUUCAGAUUUUCGCCGUACUUAGUGACACCGCCGCAGAUGUCAGUGGUAGCGGCCGCGGCCAGAUCACCGUCGCCGUCCUCGCCGGACACAGCUUGUUCGUCGGACCGUUCACCUCACGGCGGCGGCCACCGGACGACGCCGCAUUAACAACCGGAAGCAUCUAUUUAUAUAAUAUGUGCGUUAUAGACCGGAAACGAUUCGUGUAUUAUAUUUGUAUUUACCUUUAUGAUGAUUAUGUAUCUGUAAAACGGUAAACUGUAAAAAAAGUUCCGGGGAAAAAAGUCCGAUAAAAAAAUGACUUUAUAACCACUUUAAUGUUUAUUUUAUUAUAAGUUUUUUUUCGGAAUUAUAUUCAUUCAACGUUCUUUUUUUUGGACUUUUUCUCCCGGGAAUUUGUUACCUUUCAUCCUGUAAAAUGUCGGACCUUAUAGAAUCGGGUCUGCAAUGUGUAAUAUAAAACAAUACAAUAUUCAAUAUUGUGUGUACAGCGUUUUCCGUGUAAUUCGGUUUUUGCGACGACGCUCGACCGCCGUCCCGGAUUUCCGGUUUCCCAUAGCCGAAACUUGCCGGAGACGGGUCGAGUGGAGUCGUUAACAGUCAAUCGAUCACUGAUGGCACGAAAGAUGGCAUUUCACCGAUGUAAGUACAUCGGUACUUGGGUAUGGCGAGAUUAUGCGAUUUCGGUGCUGAUGAUGGAAAACGUUUCAAGUUUCUUUUUUUCUUUUCAAUUUUUAAUUUAAUUUUUAACGUUAUUAUUAUUAUUACUAUUAUAUAUAUAUAUAUAUAUAUUGUAUACAUCACCUCGUCGAUGGAUGAUUUUCCGCAAGUGUGAGACUCGAUAUGUCAUUGCGUAUUAUUCGUUUUAUUAUAAUUAUAAUUAUUAUCAUUAUUAUUACAUUUCGAAUGUUCGCCGCCGCCGCCGGUCUUUUAACCGAUGACCUAGACAGUAUACACAUACCGUGAUUUCGUGCUUGAGAUAAUAUUAUUAUUAUUAUUAUUGUCGUACGUCGCAUAACGUUCAACAAUUUUACCUACCUAUAUUAUACAUUAUUAUUGAAUAUUAUUAUUAUUAUUAUUAUUAUUAUUAUUAUUAUUAUUAUUAUUAUGUUAUUAUCAUCAUUAUAAUUAUUAUUAUGUUUUACUCGCACCAGCGUUUCGCGUUUCCACCGCCAGAAUAUUAAAAUAUUAUGUGCUUGUGUCUGUCUAUACCUAUUAUUAUGUAAGUACGUCAAAUUAUAUAACACAUAACUACAAAAAUAUUAUCUGUAUAAUAAAUUCGUAUAAUAUAUUUUAUGUAAUAUGUUUACAAAUAAAGCGACGCAAUUGUAUUAAUGAUUAAA